AUGCUACUUUUGCUAAUAUUUUCUUCAUUUAUUUUGGUAACUCUUGUGGAAGCAGUGAAACCCUUGGGCCAUAGAUUCAUCUGGUCGGAACAGUACAAACCGGGCUUCGGACUCGAGUACUGUGAGAUUCCAAAGACUGGCCUCACGAUCACGAAGAAAAUGCUCUGCGAUGUGCAAAAAGACUACAAGGGCGUCCCGGGACUCUUUAGCGGCCCAAGCAAACUCGUCGGAUUUGAGGACGAAUGCCAAUUGAUCGAGCCUUUCUUUGGGAAAAAAUCAGCGUCGAAGUGGCGGCGUCCAGCAAGAAAUGUGCGCUUUUCACUCGUCCGUGAUCCGUUGGAGCGAUUCGUUUCACUUUAUGUCUUCAUUUGUAAGGGAAGUAUUGCCUCAUGCCCACCUAAAGCCAAAAAUAACAUUCACCAGUUCGCUCGAUGGAUCUACGGACUCCAGCGAACAGCAAAUUCUCAAGGAAAACCCCGGGAGGGUGGGACAAAUAAUGCAUUUGUCGUUUUUCACUCGUGGCCCCAGACAAAUUUCUGUGAUCUCAAAAGAAGUCGCAUGAUGAUCGUCAAAGUGUCGCACGAUCGAAGGAAAAUGCAACGGAAGAUGUUGAGGGUUUUUCGACAAGCCCACGUGCCAGAGCGAGUGGCAAAGAAGGCCCUCCGCUAUUUCACCGAAUCGUCCACGAUUCACACGGGGCGAAAUAAUGGCGAAAAGCGGCGUUUGUUGAGGGAAAUCCGCGAGAAUCCCCUCACAAUGCAGUAUCUCCACGCCAUGUAUCAUGAGGAUUUUCGAUAUUUCAAAACGCAUCGAUUUCAU